AUGGCAGCACACAAGCUUGUGGUAGCAUCACUUUUUCUCUGCUGUUUAGCUGAAAUUUGUUAUGGAAAGAUUCUCUUUUCUUCCUUGAAAAGAACCCUUGUUGUCACUGCUUCCCCCAAACAAGGACAAGUUUUGUCAUCUGGGGUGGACAAAAUCAGUGGAACAUGGUCUCUAAACAAGACCUUCCCAGCAGGAACAGACUCUUCUUACAAAACCAUAAAACUGAAGUUAUGUUACGCGCGAAUAAGCCAACAAGACCGCGCGUGGAGAAAGACAGUAGACGAUCUCUCAAGGGACAAGACAUGCCAACACAAAAUGGAAGCAAUGCACUACGACACUUCUAACAAGACGGUGCAAACCUAUGACUGGUUGAUCGAGCGCGCCGUGCCUCAGGCCACAUAUUUUGUACGCGCCUACGCAUUUGACUCCAAUGAUGUGGAAGUUGCUUACGGACAAAGCACGAAUGCUGAUAAGAGUACUAAUUUGUUUGAAAUCAACGCGAUCAGUGGACGCCACGCCACACUUGACAUUUGCUCUAUUUGUUUCAGUGCUUUCUCGGUAUUGUCCUUGGGCGUGUUCUUCUAUAUCGAGAAGAGCAAGGGAAAGUCACAGAAGCAGUGA